CAAAAAGGAUUCAAGUUUUUCAAUCAUGGGAAGGAAACUGGAUGCUCUACUGGGAAGGAACAGAUAUUUGAAGCCUUCCAAGAUCAAAAUCCUUGUAAACAUGGCCAUUUCCAGGACUGCCAUCCUCAAAAACCAGCACCGUGCUCGCUGCUCCCUUGCCCGGGCCGACGUUCUUCAGCUCUUGAACCUUAGUUACCAACACCGCGCUCAGCUUAGAGUUGAGAUUGUGAUCAAGGAGAAUAACAUGAUGGAUGCACUUGGAAUGAUAGAGGAUUACUGUUCCCUCCUCAUAGAAAAAGUGGCUCUGCUUCAAAUGAACAAGGAAUGCCCUGGUGAAGUUAAGGAGGCAAUAUCAAGUCUGAUCUUUGCGUCUUCAAGGUUUGGAGAGUUUCCCGAACUCCAGGAGAUUCGUCGGAUUUUCGAGCUGAAAUUCGGGAAAGAGUUUACUAGCAGUGCCGUUGAUUUACGCAACAAUUGUGGAGUUAGUCACACGAUGAUCCAAAAGUUUUCAACAAAGCAGCCCAACGCUGAAACUAAACUGAAAGUGCUAAAGGAAAUUGCUUCUGAGAAUGGCCUAACUCUGCAUUUAGAGGAAGAACCUGCAAUAGUCAUCAAGGUAAACCAGAAGUUGGAAACCAAGAAAUCAGCAGAAUUAGAUAACCCAGAAGUCAUAAACACCACAGAUAAUCCACAUGAAGUUAUUAUGAGUGAGGAGACAGCAUCAGAAUCAGUGAGAGCAAAGAAGUUUAAAGAUGCAGCUAGUGCCGCUCAAGAAGCCUUUCAAUCAGCAGCUUAUGCAGCAUUAGCAGCUAAAGCAGCGAUCGAACUUUCAAGAUCUGAAUCACAGGAUAUUCAUAUAGAGGAAAAAAACUCAGAUUUGGAGAGUUCUCAUGAAUCACAGGAUAUUCAUAUAGAGGAAAAAAACUCAGAUUUGGAGAGUUCUCAUGAACCCAAGAUUAAUCCUGAUGAGCUUGAAAGUUGCAGUUCAGAAUAUGAAGAUCAAGACGCAGCAGAAAGCAAUCAAGAAGAAUUACCAGAAGAACCAGCCAAAGAAAUUAUGUUGUCUGAUCCGAAUUUGGAUUCAGAUAUUAGCAAUCUGAAGGAGCAAUCAUCAUCAUCUAAACCAAAUUCGAUCAAUGAGCCAGAAAGUGACAAGUUAAUCAGUAAAGAAGAUGAAGUUGCAAGUAAAAACAAAAUUUCAGAAGAGGAUAUCAGAGUUGAGGAAUCAAAGUAAAUUUCAUGGCCGACUGCAACUUGAUUUUGCUGAAAUCCCUAGAUUGGAAGCGGACAUGAAGUAUACAAUCAGUAGCUUCUAAUUUCUAUUCAAUCAAUUUUGGUAGAGCAGAUAUGUAAACAUUACGUUUUUUUCUUCGAGAUUUCUAUUCGAGCACAAUACAAUAAUGAAGAAAUCGUUCAUUUCAAA